GUCGGUGUCCUCUCCCUGAGACGGUUCCGUGUGUGUGGAGUCCUGUUCUCGAGACGUUUUUUACUCCUAUUUCGUCCCGAGAGAAACGCCCUUUUAUUUCACUCAUUUCUCUGCGUCUUUUUUCUUUUCUUUUUCGUAGUGUUUCGAUUUCGAUGGUGUCCCUCGUUUUGAAAUGUCAUGUGGUCGCCUUCUGAUGCGCAGUUGUUUGCAAGUGUCUCAACAGUGUAUCAGUUGGUGUCAGAUAUCAUCGGUGUCGUUUUACCAGUUCUUAACAACGCCACUCUCCGGUCAGCCCGUGUUUGACUGAGGUUGUUUUGGCGGAACUCCAAUAACAUUCACUGACCGUCAUCACUGCGGGUCCAGCUCCUUUCACUGCCCCGACCAGCCCGUCCUCUGUUCGUCUGUCUGUCUGGUUCUCCAUUUUAUCUCCGUUUCUCUUUAUCUUUUUUCCUUUUGAAUUUGUUUCUCUCGCUUUGUCUUUAGUUCAUGUAUCUUUAUUCUGCACGUAGGGUGUGUCUCCUUAUUCUUCCUUCCUAGUGCCCUUUCUCCCUCUCUUUCCUCCCCCUCCCCCCUCCUACCUCCGCUCUGCCCCAGCCCCUUCUCCUUGGCACUGCCCCGAGAGUUUUAAUAGCGGGGUCGUGCAGUGGACCUCGGCUCGGUCGUACGAAACGUCGUGCAGAGGAGGUCGUGUUUCCUGCGCGUCCCUUUCGAUAUCUUGUCUCGAUGACGAUGGCGGACGUGAAGACAUCGUGACUGGACUUCCAAGAAAAGAUAGUAUGCAAUAACGCCUCUCGAAAGCAAAGGCACUCUCACUUCUGCUUCUGCUAGGAUUUCCUGCCGUGCCUGCGGCCAAGAGCUGUGCCAAUAUUACAAAAGAGAAGAGAAAGUAAGCCAAAAGGAAAAGAAGGGCUAUCGCUAAAUAGUAAAAUAAAUAGGAAUAACACGCAAGAAACAAAGAAACAGAAAGGAUUCGAAGAAAAGGAGGGAUUCCCCUUCCGCUCUCUAGAAAUCGCUCGAAGGAGGAGCAACAGCAGCCCGAAGAUGAGCCUGUGGGCCCUCAGCUCGGCCAGUCUACACCUGCAGAAUCUGUGCCGAAGAAAGGGCGCCGAGGACCCCCGCACGCACCGCGCCGCCAGGGACAGUCGCCGUGACAAUGCAACCCCCAUCGAGACCCAACAUGCUCCUGAUGGCGAUGACGCUGACGGUGAUGGCUCUGAUACCCGGUUCCCUCGCGGUGCCGGCCAGGGAACGCCCCCUCAAACCCUGUCCCGAUGGCUUCCAAGCAGUGGUAGUGGACGGCAAGCAGGACUGUGUGUGCGCCGACUACCACGUGUACUGGCCCCACACCGGUCUAUGCUACCCGGAGUUCACGAGGGGGCCUUGUGGUCGGGGCCAACAGCUGGCGGCUAAUGACACGGGACAUGCUGAGUGCAGGUGCCCCGGCUUCUGGGCGCGGUACAAGGACGGCGCCUGCUACCAGGAGUACACGCAGGGCCCGUGCCAGGUGGGGGAGCUGUUCAUGGGGCGCACGGCGGGCGGCGAGGGCUUCUGCUCCUGCUCGCCUGAGAUGGUCAUGCACUACUUCCGCACCGACGGCCGCUGCUACCCGCUGUACGAGCAGGGCCCCUGCCCCAAGGGCCACCUGCUCAAGUUCGACUACCGCACGCUGGAGCCCGUGUGCGAGUGCCGCGACGGCUUCAUGCUCGAGGACGACGGCGUGUGCUACGAGCUGAACACGGCCGGCCUCUGCGACCAGACCAAGUGCCUGGACGGCGGCAUCAACUGCUACGUGCGCAACCUGGACACCCUCAAGACCGAGUGCACGUGCCUGCCCGGCAACGUGACCACAGCUGACGGCCACUGCUUCCAGCCGUACUCGCGCGGCCCGUGCCCGCUCGGCAACUGGCUGGUGUUCUCGGAGCCGGGCGUGGCCGUGUGCGAGCGCAAGACGCAGUGCGCCCGCUUCGACAACUGGUUCUUCUGGACGCCCGACCAGCGCUGCUACCGCCAGUACUCGCGCGGCCCCUGCCCCGAGGGCCAGCUCUUCUACCUGGACCUCAACACCGGCGUGUCCGGCUGCCACUGCCGCCGCGACUGGACGCCCUACUACUGGGCCGAGGACGGUCAGUGCUACGAGCAGCACUCCGUGGGCCCCUGCCCCGCCGGCAUGUACUUCAGCUUCAACCAGACGUCCGGCCAGACCGAGUGCAACUGCUUCACCUCGCACGUGCUGCACGAGGAGUCCCAGACGUGCUACGAGCGCCUGACCCGCGGCCCUUGCCCCGAGGGCCAGCUGGUGACGGAGGACCCCGCCACGGGCCGCAUGACCUGCGACUGCCACGCCGGCAUGAGCACCCACUACUGGAGCCGCGACGCCAGCUGCUACCAGCACUUCCUGCAGGGGCCGUGCGCCUCGGGCCAGACCUUCCGGCUGGACCCCGUGGCAGGCACCCCGGCCUGCAUCACCUGGGGCUGAGCGCUCAGCCUCCGGCAGCGCAGUGAGGGCCCAGCGCCUCCGGCCCCCGAGAUUGCGCCGCCAAGUCUGCUUCCUUUUGUGUUCUAAACGAUGUCAUUUAUUCUCUGCUUCAUUACCUAAAAACAUCUACGUUACAUGGCCAAUAUGCACUUAAUCCUUAAGAGAUACACUCCAAUAUGUAUAUGUGUAUGUAUGUAUAUAUAUAUAUA